UUAUCCAAGGACCAAAGAUUCUCCAAUGUGUUUGAAUUUCUAUUUUUAUUUUUUGUCUUUAUCUUUUUGAUAGGAUUUAUUGCCAUUUCUGUCUGAGUCUUUCACUUUCACCUUCUCUUCCUCUUCUUCUCCUCCUCCAAUGAAAACCCAUUUCAGUGAAAGCUCCAAAUCUCGUUUAAUGUGACCAAGGUUAUGUGAAUCCCAAUAUGGAAGGCAUACAUCACAAUUUGUGCUUGAAAAUUUCAAAAUUUCAAAUUUUUGUGGGUGGUUUGUGAUUAAGUUUUUUCUUUUAAAAUUUUUCCUCAUUGCUUCAAUCAAGCUUGUUUGCUAAGAUUGGUUUUAUAUUGUAUUGAUUGGUUGGUUUCUCAAAAUACAAAGCAGAUUGCAGAAAAAGAAAGUUUUGUACCAAAAUAGAAAGUAGUAUGCGCAGAUGCUAAUGGUAUAUUCAGAAUCUUCUUUUCAGUUUUCAUGGUGGAAAAGCAAAGAACAAGGUCUUCCUAGGCAAAUGGAAAAUGGAGAAGAGUAUUUACAUUGAGUGAGAGGUUGUGAUUUCUGCAACUUUCUUUAAAGCCAAACAAGAAAAGGCAAGUAGAGAGGGAUAGUAUGCCAACAGUGUGGCUCUCUUUGAAGAAAUCUCUACACUGCAAAUCAGAGCCAUCGGAAGUCCAUGACCCAAAAUCAAGGAAGCAGUUAAGCACAAUCUUGACAAAAAAAGCAGGCAGGUCAGGGUGUUCAAGAUCCAUAGCUAAUCUCAAAGAUGUCAUCCAUGGAAGCAAAAGACACACGGAGAAGCCACCAACUUGCAGCCCAAGAUCCAUAGGGAGCAGUGAGUUUCUUAACCCAAUAACCCAUGAAGUUAUUUUGAGUAACUCAAGGUGCGAGCUCAAAAUCACCGGUUUCGGUGGGUUCCAAGACGGGAUUGGUAAUGGUGCUAGUAAUGCUAACAAUGGUCCUGCUGCUGUUGGUGGUUCAACUUUUGUGGGCACAUUGAGGCCAGGGACACCUGGGCCUGCAGGGCACCCAACAAUGCACUACUUCAAUCCUUCAAUGAGGAGCUCAGCUACUCCUCCGAGAAAGUCUCCAUUUCUUUUAUCAGAUAGAGAAGGGUCUGGUAUUUUCAGCAAUGGUGGACGUUCAAGCACUAGGGAGACAGAUUCUAAUGGUUCAUCUACAAUCACUUGCCAUAAAUGUGGAGAGCAGUUUUCCAACUGGGAGGCUGCUGAAAAUCACCAUCUCUCCAAACAUGCUGUAACUGAGCUUGUGGAAGGCGAUUCAUCAAGAAAAAUUGUUGAAAUCAUAUGUCGGACAAGUUGGUUAAAGAGCGAAAAUCAUUGCGGUCGAAUUGAGAGAGUAUUGAAAGUUCACAAUAUGCAAAAGACACUAGCUCGGUUUGAAGAAUACAGGGAGAUGGUGAAAACUAAGGCCAAUAAGCUCCCCAAGAAACACCCUCGGUGUAUUGCUGAUGGGAAUGAACUUCUAAGAUUCUAUGGUACCACUGUUGCUUGCUCUCUUGGCCUAAAUGGGUGCUCAAGUUUAUGUGUAUCUGAGAAAUGCUGUGUUUGUCGAAUCAUCCGAAAUGGGUUUUCUGCCAAGAAGGAGCUUAAAGGUGGAAUUGGAGUAUUUACAACUUCUACUAGUGGCAGAGCUUUUGAGUCUAUUGAAAUCUUUGAACAAGACCCAUCUGUAAGGAAAGCUUUGAUAGUAUGCAGAGUAAUAGCUGGGAGAGUUCAUAAGCCUUUGGAUAAUAUACAACAAAUAUCUGGCCAAACUGGGUUUGAUUCAUUAGCAGGAAAAGUUGGUCUCUACUCAAAUAUUGAGGAGCUGUAUCUUCUAAAUCCCAGAGCUCUUCUUCCUUGCUUUGUGGUAAUCUGCAAAACCUGACCUGAAGACAGUAAAAGAAUCACUUACAAUUUGCUAUCAAGUUAUGUGAAUCCCUUUUUUAAUCUUUUGAUGAUAGAAGAUUCUUCUCAAUCUUCUAUUUUGAAGAAAUUUGAUUCUUCUUCUUACAAUCUUUCUGCCACUUUUUUAGUGUAAUUGUUUCUGCCCUUAUUUACAGUUGCAUAAUUUCUUCAUUUUCUUGUCCAUUUUUAAGAUCAAUGAUGCAUAUAUUUCAAAUUAGAUUGCUGUUAUUUGCA